AUGAACAGCUUUUUUUUGUCCCUCUUGUUUCUCUCUCUUCUGUUUAUGACAAGCCUUUCUGAAGGGCAAGGAAAGAAAUGGAAAGGUGAAGGUACAACACCAAACCUGGAAAGCAUUGUCAUUGGAAGGUGUUAUGAGUACACUAGAAUUGUGAAUCCUUCUGUUGGGGAGAAGAAUUGUUCAGAGCUAUGGGAAGCCUUUAAAAACGCUUUUAUUAAGAAGGAUCCUUGCAACAUUCUACCUACAGACUAUGAAUUAUUUAUUAACCUGUCACUGCACACAAUUCCACCUAAUAAGUCUCUCUUCUGGGAAAAUAAUCAACUGCUAGUCAAUAGCUUUUCUGGUAGAACUCGUCGCUACACGGCCCUGGGUGAUACUCUGUUUGGCUUCUUUGCAGAUUUACUGAACUGGUGUGGGCAGGCAACCAGCCCUGGACUGGACUAUGAUUCCUGCCCUACCACAGAAGAAUGUGAAAACAAUGCAGUGGAUUCUUUCUGGCGGAUGGCCUCAAUCACAUAUGCACAGCACAGUUCUGGAGUGAUACAUGUCCUAUUGAACGGUUCUGCAGAAGGAGGAGCUUAUCCAGUCAAAGGUUUUUUUGCAGAUUAUGAAAUACCCAAUCUCCAGAAAGACAAAAUUUCAAAAAUUGUCAUCUGGGUUGUAGAUGAUAUUGAAGGACCUGAUGGCGAUUCCUGUGGAAUUCAUACUGUAAAGAUAUUAGAGGACAGACUAAAAACCCUUGGAUAUGAUGUCACCUGCACUGACGAUUAUAAGCCUGUAAUGUUCUUACUCUGCGUGGAUCAUCCUGAUCAUUCUAAGUGUGCUUUUUCAUCAUCUGCACCAGCAGCACAAAGAGGACCUAUAUCUUCAGACAGAGGAGGCAGCUGGAACAAGCUCAUGUUUGUUACUUUUGUAGGCCUUUUGUUCAGAUCUGCUCUAGUGUAUUAAGUUAAUCAACUGAAUGCAAAUGUUCUAUUUGCUUCAGUUUGGU